GUUGGGUGGGCCGUGUUGGGCCGCUUUAGGUUGUGACGCUUUCUCACGCACGAUGCCUGACAAUGUGGACUUGCCGGCGGUGAAUGCGUGGACUCAGUUCGGGCGGCUGCUGAAGGUGGUGGUGGGCCGGGCAGAUCCAACGAGUUGCCACCUGCCCGUGGAGCCCGCCUGCCAGUCGGAGAUCAAUGACCCGUACCUGGCUGAACAGAUUCCAUGGCCUGGAGGCCAGGCUUUGCCAAAGGCGCCAAGUGAAGCAUAGGAAGAGCACCAAGCUCGCAGAGGCGCAGCUGCAGAACUUCUGCCACAUCUUGGAGUCGGAAACUGUGCAGGUGAAGUCCGUAAGGGAAGCCGCCGAGUGCGGCCGAUUGGUGGAGAAGAGGCGCACCGAAGCCCUUCGAAGCAAUACGAAGGAGAACGACGCCCGCGUCUUUCAGAAGGGCAGAACCCGGACCUUGCGGACCAAGAGCAUGGACUGGAGCAAGCCUGUGGCUGGGCCAGAGUGGAGCUCUCCAUCCCAGUACUGCGCGACAUGCCCUCGGGACACCAUGAUCACCCUGGGGAACACCAUUCUGGAAGCCACCAUGAGCAAGCGGUCCCGCUACUUCGAGCACUUGGCCUGCCGCGAGAUUUGCCUGGACCUUUGGCGCCAGGACCCGUUGAGGAUCAAGUUCUGGAGCGCCCCAAAGCCGAGCAUGUCGGAUGAGAUGUACAACCCGGGCUUUUGGGCCAAGACAGACGAAGAGCGCUUUCAGUCAAUGAGGUCUUACGAGUUCUGCGUGAACGAGAAGGAGCCCAUUUUCGACGCUGCAGAUAUCACAAGAGUUGGCAAAGACAUCUUUGUUCAAAAGUCGAUGACAACGAACGAUUCGGGCAUCAUGUGGCUGAAGAGCCACUUUCCGGAGCUGCGAGUGCACGCUUUGCAUUUUCCGUAUGACCUCUACCCCAGUCACAUUGACUGCACCUUUGUGCCCCUGCGGCCGCCAGGCAAAGACCGGGAAGAUGGCCUGGUGCUCAUCAACCCGGAGCGGCCACCUUUGCGGGCGGAGUUGGAACUUUGGAGUCAGAAUGGGUGGAAAAUGCUGAACGCACCCAUGCCAGCAACCUUGGAUCGGCCGGCCUUCUCACAGAGCAGCUACUGGCUCUCCAUGAACUUGCUGUCGUUGUCGCCAUCGACUCUUGUGAUUGAGGAGGCUGAGCUUCCGCUGUACAAUCUACUUUCGGAGAACGGCUUCGAUGUCAUCACUGUUCCUAUGCGCGGCAUGUACGAAUUUGGUGGAGCCAUUCACUGCUGCACAUGGGACCUGCAAAGGGAUGACGCGUGCACUGACUACUUUCCUGAUCAGAUGGCAGCCCAGGAGCACCUGCAUUUCCCGACCUUCACAGACAUUGAUGUGAUUGAUGUGUCAAGCAGUAACAAGGGCUUCUUGCUGAACCCCACGGCAGACCAGAAGGGCGUCGGUUCGUAUGCCAAUCAGAUCGCAGAUGGAAACGGAGCACCGGCCAAGAAGCAGAAGUUGCAGACGUAGCUUAGGAGUCCAGGCAUCCAAUUUUCCGCGAGAGGUGGGGAUCCCUCACUGAACUCAAAGCUCGUGGUGGGGCUGAGGGCUGGGCUUCAAAUGAACAAGCCGCCCAUUCCGUGAAGUUUUGAGCACUUGGUUUCCGUGACUUCAAGCUUGUCAUGCCACAAGUAAAACACACAUCACCAAGCCGUUGCACAAUGCACUGCCAACGAUGCCCGCCUACACCG